AUGGUUGUUCUCACUGAACAUGAAUCUUUACCUGGAUCCUCAUCUUCAUCAUCAGCUCAUGAUCAUAAUCAGAGAUAUGAUAUAUUUUUAAGUUUCAGAGGUGCCGACACUCGUAAUGGUUUCACUGAUCACCUCUACAACACCCUUUUGGAAGCCGGUAUUAACACGUUUUUGGAUGAUGAAGAGAUUGAAACUGGAGAGCCACUGAAACCAGAACUGGAGAGUGCGAUUAAGUCAUCCAGAGCUUCUAUUAUUGUGCUGUCCAAGAAUUAUGCUUCCUCCACAUGGUGCCUAGAUGAAUUGGUAUUAAUCCUUGAGCAACAGAGGAGCUUUAACCAAAUUGUUAUCCCCAUCUUCUAUGAUGUGGAGCCCACGGAUGUCAGGAAGCAACAAAGCAGCUUAGGGGAAGCAAUGUCGAAGCAUAAAGAGAGGAUGGAGCUGGAAACCAAUGCACAGAAAAGAAGUGAACGGGGUCGAAAGAUGGAGUUAUGGGAGAGGGCACUCACACAAGUUGCUGAUUUAAAAGGACAAGUUGCAAAUGGCAGAAAAGCAGCUUUAUCGAAGGUAUCAAUACAAGAUGUGAAGAACGCCAUAAUGGAUUGCUUGAUUUACAAAAGCAACUUCACGGAGACAUUUCAAAAAAAACUCGACUUACAUGUUAAUGAUGUCAACGAGUACACCUCUAAAAUUGAGGAUGUGUUAUCUCGUAAAAAGGUGUUUAUAGUGUUUGAUGACAUUGGUAGUCUUGACCAGCUGAACGCUUUACAUGGAAAAAAAGGUUUACAUCCAGGAAGCAAAAUCAUUAUUACAACCAAGGAUUCAUCUUUAACAGAAAGGUGUGACUUAUUCAAGACACAAGUUCAUCCCAAGCAUACUGAGGUCUUACUUGAUGGGUUAGAUGAGUAUGAAUCACUAAAGUUAUUAUGCAUUCAUGCAUUCCAGAGCCAUACGCCCAAAGAAGGUUAUAAAGAUGUCUCAAUAGAGCUUGCGAAAUAUUGUGAUGGACAUCCAUUGGCUCUAGAAGUUCUGGUGGGUCUCUACAUAAGCGAGAUGUAG